AUGCAGAGGAAGCAAGUUGCAGCAGUUGCGGAGGCUCGAAAGGGCACGGCGCACGCGGGCAACCGCGAUAUCGGAGGCCCUUGUUCGCGCUCGGUCACUGCGUGGCGACGCGCCAAUGCAGACCGCGCGGAGAUCGAGAAGCUCAAGAUCGAGCUCGCCGAGGGUGGCAGGGCAUUUGCGAUGGUCAAGUCAGGGGGCGCAGGUGCUGAUGCCGACGGCAGCGUGCCCAAGAUGCAGCCCGAGAUUGAUGCGCUCCAGUCGAAGAAGAUGGCCGCCAAGCCGCCGUCGUCGCAGCUGCGCAUGGCGACCGACCGCUGCCAGGCCCUCGAGAAGAAGCGCGACAAGCAGCAGUCGCAAAUCGAUGGGCUACGGGCGGCGCAGGCAACGUUGGCAAAAGAGGUGCUCAAGGCCCAGCAGCACAUGGAGGCGAUCCGCAUUGAGCUGCUGGGCGCCGAUGAGCAGAGGCGCUGCUUGGCCGCCAAGGCGCCGCUGCCCAAGCCUGGCGACGCUCCGUCGCUGCGCGCGGCGGUGGCGGGGCUCGACCUCGCUGUCGACCAGGUCGGCAAGAUGCCGGCGGAGCUCGGUGGGGGCGAGGCCCUGGCUAAAAAAGUGGUCGCGACGCUCGACAAGCUCAAGCAGUUUGACAGGACUGCUGCGGAGUCAGCGGCCCAGAGGUCGGCGGCGGCGGCAGCUGCUGCCGCGGGCCAGGCGGGCCAGUUCAUGCUGCGGAGGCCCCUCCUGCUGCAACAGACGGCGAACAUGUGGCGGCGCCUAUGGGCGCUGCUGACACUGACGAGUUGCGCGCUUGCUGGCGGGGCGCGGUGGGCUCAGAUGGACCUGAGGGCGAGCAAGAUAUGCGAGCCUGCAUCAGGCGUCUUGCCGGCACCUAAGGGAACCAAGCCAAGAAGGCGAGGGCCGUCCAAUAGGCUCGGCCACAUCAUGUCCGUGCUGUGCCUCGUCUGUUGCUGGAUGCCCGCGGGCGCGAUGCCCCGCGACGGGAGGCCGCUGGCUGCGGCUGCCAAACCAGUGCUCCAGCAGGCGGCCGCCGCCGCCGCUGGAGUCAGGGCGGACCCUGGGCGGGGGGGCGCGGCCCUGGCUGCGCCGCCUAUGGCUGGCUCGCUGGGCAAGGCCAGGCGGCAUUGCAUUCGUUUCGUAUAUCUGAUUGUAGACGUGAGGUUCGCAAGUGAGAACCUCGACAUUGUCCCAGGACUCGCCGUGGAGACUGGGUGCUGGACCACACCUGAUAAUGCGAAGGACUACCCCGCGGACAUCGUAGCUGGAUUUUCAGGGGAUGCAUUGUGUGAGCGCGUGCAAGGCUUCCUGGACAUGGGCGAUGGCAAGGUGGCCGCCCAUGCUCGGGGCGCCUUUGCUUCGUGGGCCAGGUUGGCCAACGGCGCGUUUGCUGGCGGUGCUGCGCGUGCCCAACGGUUCAGUCGUCUGCGUGAGCGGCAGGAGGUCGCCGUGGACACUGACCGUUGCCAGCCCUGCCAGCAGGUUGACGAUUGCAUAGACAGCUGGCAGUAUAUAUGGGCGAUGCACAAGUGUACGGAACCCGAUUUGCCAGCAGAUGCAGGUGAUUGGGAUAAUCUGCCCGACUUCGAGGUCGGUGAUAUAAGGGAUGUGAUUCGUAGUUUCCCCACCAGGUCGGAACGUAAGCGGCCAAUUUUUUUGAGGGCCCCCGCCCAUCGCGAGUGGUCCGUGUUAGUCCACGGUGGUGCGCGCGAGUUCAAUUUUGAUUGUUUCAUGGGCAACUGCUUGGCGGAUCUGUUCGCUCGUGUCGGUGCCGACUCCAUGGCCGCAGCUCGAACCCUGGAAAAGCGCCAGAAGGGUCAGCUAGCGCUCGUCCGACGUAAGUUUGAUUUUCCCAGCCGUUUCGUGCAGUCGGUGGCCGCGCUGGCGGAAGAGAGCGACUCGACCCCGCCCCUGGCCUGUGCGUUGCGGGUCAUUGAUGUCCAGGCGAAGGGCAGGGCCAUGACCAAGUCGAAGAGCAAGGCGGCCAUCGUCGAGCAUGCGAACGCCCCCACGCUUGGCGACGACGCUGGCGCUAGGGGCCAUGUCGAGAACGAGCCGUCAACCCCCGCGCGCUACAGGGGCGGCUACUUCAAGACAGUAGAGAAGCUCGGUCGCGCCGAGGCGGAGGAGUUGAAACCGGCGGCCAAGGCGCAGCCUCCGCCGAAGCCGGCGCGGCAUGCCCCAACCGACAGCAGCUCGUCCGACUCGGCCGGCAGCUCGAGCACAAGGAUGAGCAGCAAGGACCAGGCGUCCAAGAAGGACAAGAAAACCAAGAAGGUCAAGCAGUCCAAGAAGUCCAAGCAGGAAGAGAAGGACAAGGAGGGCAAUCCAUGCAGGAAGGACAAGGUGUCCAAGAAGCACGCUACGCCCUCGAGCCCAGAUUCGGAUUCGGAUUCGAAGUCGGAGGACGACAAGGCUUUGAGGGUGAAACAGAGGAAGCUCGAGCAGGAACCCAUGGCGAAACACGUGCCGAAGUACGGCAUCACUUCAGCCAAGAAGAGGCUCAAGGACGUUGGGAAAGCCUACUCCGAAUUCUACAAUGUCCACGACGAGCGCGGCGAGUGCGUCGUGGCAACCUCGGUGGAGGAUGUGGGUGCGCUUGUGGAGGCUUCGCUCGAAGCUGCUGCGCUCCUUUCCAAGCUGCUGAGCACAGCGAAGAGCAUUGUCCCGAGCGGGGGCGCUUCGUGCGCACGUAGGCGGAACUUCAGCGUGAACGACGCAAUAGCGGCGCUUGCCGCGCUGGGGGAAGAUGACGCGGCGCCGCGGUUUCAAUUGCGUGAGUGCGUGGAUGCGUUUACUGAGGGCGUUCUCAUUCAGCUGCCGUUGCAAAGGGAGAAUGGCGACGCCUUUGAUUGGACCUUCCCGAGGUGUUGUUCCAUAUCGCGCCAGAACGUCGUUAAGCUGAACAGAGAUGGCGUGACUGAUUCGCUGGUCGAUCAUCAGGCUGGCACGCGCCCGGUCGACGUCUCGUGCUCGGGCCCCGCGCAGUUCGACCCCAUGACACCCGUGGCUGUGAGCCAGCCGCUGUCCGACAAGUUUGACCAGCUCUGCGUCGCGUCCAAACAGAUGAAGUGGCGGGGCUUUUUGUUCAGAGCUGGCUGCGCGGCUUUCGUUCCAGGCGCGGCUGUUGAGGUUCAAGCGCGCGUGGGCGUAGGUGGGCAAGGUCGAUCCGAAGAGUACUUCCAAGGGCAGGUGGGCUCGGGAAGGUCGGCGGGCGGGCUUGGCAAGAUCGGCGGGCAGGUGGGCUCGGCAAUGUGGGUGAGACGCAGCUGCUGUCUUGGAGACUGCCAGGUUUUUGAAGACCUGGAAGGGCUCAUGAACUUCGGUGACGCGUUGUCCGGCGGCUUCUGCCUGUCCGACCCGACGAGGGCCAGCGCUCCUACGUGGAGUAGCCGGGAUGAGCUCGACGAGAUAAUGCCCGAUCGCGAUAAGAGCAAGCCCGUCGCCGGCCAGAUCAGCCCCGACGCCGACGAGAGCAAGCCCGUCGCCGACCAGAGCAGCCUCGACGCCGACGAGAGCAAGCCCGUCGCCGACCAGAGCAGCCCCGAGCGCGACGAGAGCAAUCCCGUCGCCGACGAGAGCAAGCCCGUCGCCGACCAGAGCAACCUCGACGCCGACGAGAGCAAACCCGUCGCAAACCAGAGCAACCUCGGCGCCGACGAGAGCAUGACCGUCGCCGACGAUGGCAAGCCCGUCGCCGACCAGGGCAACGUUGGCGCCGACGAGAGCAAGCCCAACGCCGACGAGAGCAUGUCCGUCGCCGGCGAUAGGCCUUCCAAGGGCUCCUACGGCUUCCACGACGGGCUGCACAACAUCCUGUGGAAGAGCGAUCGCGCCACGGACAAGAACGACCUGAUCCAUCCAGGCAUACUGCAGCUGGAGCUCCGCACGGGGUUCCUGUACGUGUUUCCGCAGCGGUUCCAGCACCUCACCUACCCGUUCGAGGGGCCUGGAGAAGAGACGCAAGUGGAUCGCCGCGACCGUCGCCCUCAGGAUCUCGCCGGGCGAGCGCUGAGGUCGGCCAGCGGCGCCCGCCUUGCCGUGGGUACGGGCGGCCGAAAGAGUUGA